UCAUCAGAUGGUAUUGACAUUUUCAAGGCCCAUAAAAGAAGAAGAAGCUCUUGUUGGUUAAAUCUCCAAAAUAUCCUCCAUAGUUUUUGAAACCACCAGAUCGCUCUCUCGGUCUCUCCCCAAGCUCUGCUGCACUUUCGCUCUCACAAUCCUCAAAGUUAAAAAGUUUGUGUUACUUUUUUGAGAUCUACAAAGCUUCGAUGGCGAUGAUGGACGAGCCGCUGUAUCCAAUUGCGGUUUUGAUUGACGAGCUCAAGAACGACGACAUUCAGCUGCGUUUGAAUUCCAUUCGCCGUCUCUCCACGAUCGCACGCGCGCUAGGGGAAGAGAGGACGCGGAAGGAACUGAUUCCGUUCUUGAGUGAGAACAAUGACGAUGAUGACGAGGUGCUUCUUGCAAUGGCUGAGGAAUUGGGGGUCUUCAUUCCCUAUGUUGGCGGUGUGGAGCACGCCAAUGUUUUGUUGCCUCCACUGGAGACUUUGUGCACGGUUGAGGAGACAUGCGUGAGGGACAAAGCGGUGGAGUCGUUGUGUAGAAUUGGGGCGCAGAUGAGGGAACAGGACUUGGUUGAGUAUUUCAUUCCACUGGUGAAGAGGCUGGCUGCGGGUGAGUGGUUUACUGCUCGAGUUUCCUCAUGUGGCUUGUUUCACAUUGCUUACCCAAGUGCUUCGGAGACAUUAAAAACUGAACUAAGGACAAUAUACGGUCAGCUCUGUCAAGAUGACAUGCCAAUGGUUAGGAGAUCGGCUGCAACAAGCCUGGGAAAAUUUGCUGCUUCAGUUGAACCUGCGCAUUUGAAAACUGAUAUCAUGUCCUUAUUUGAUGACCUGACACAAGAUGAUCAAGAUUCUGUUCGCUUAUUGGCUGUUGAGGGUUGUGCGGCUCUUGGGAAGUUGUUGGAGCCCCAAGACUGUGUGGCUCAUAUUCUUCCUGUCAUAGUUAAUUUCUCACAGGAUAAGUCUUGGCGGGUUCGUUACAUGGUAGCAAAUCAAUUAUAUGAGCUAUGUGAAGCUGUUGGUCCUGAGCCUACAAGGUCAGACCUAGUUCCAGCAUAUGUUCGCCUACUUCGUGACAAUGAAGCUGAAGUACGAAUAGCUGCCGCCGGAAAAGUAACUAAAUUUUGCCGGAUAUUGAACCCAGAACUUGCAAUCCAGCAUAUUCUUCCCUGUGUGAAGGAAUUGUCUACUGAUUCCUCUCAACAUGUUCGUUCUGCUUUGGCUUCCGUUAUAAUGGGAAUGGCACCAGUUCUGGGGAAGGAUGCAACAAUUGAGCAACUGCUCCCUAUUUUUCUUUCUCUUCUGAAAGAUGAAUUUCCUGAUGUUCGUCUAAAUAUUAUCAGCAAGCUUGAUCAAGUCAACCAGGUAAUUGGAAUUGACCUGCUGUCCCAAUCUCUACUGCCAGCAAUUGUUGAGCUUGCAGAGGAUAGACACUGGAGAGUUCGGCUUGCAAUAAUAGAAUACAUACCCUUGUUGGCAAGUCAGUUAGGUGUGGGAUUCUUUGAUGAUAAGCUUGGUGCUCUUUGCAUGCAAUGGCUAAAAGAUAAGGUUUACUCGAUUCGUGAUGCUGCUGCUAACAAUGUCAAGCGCCUUGCAGAAGAAUUUGGCCCUGAUUGGGCAAUGCAGCACAUUGUUCCUCAGGUUCUGGACAUGAUUAACAACCCACAUUAUCUCUACCGGAUGACCAUUCUACAUGCAAUUUCUCUUCUUGCCCCUGUUAUGGGUGUGGAAAUCACGUGCUCCCAACUUCUUCCUGUGGUGGUCAAUGCUUCAAAAGAUAGGGUACCAAACAUCAAGUUCAAUGUGGCUAAGGUGUUGCAGUCCCUCAUUCCCAUAGUGGAUAAUUCCGUGGUGGAAAAUACCAUUCGUCCCUGUUUGAUUGAGCUGAGUGAAGACCCAGAUGUGGAUGUCCGAUUUUUUGCAACCCAGGCAUUACAAUCAAGUGAUCAGGUCAUGAUGUCUAGAUAGCUUGAUGUCGUAAUUAGUUUUGUAUUUCCUUGUGCUUUUCCUUUUCUCAAAAAAAAAAAAAAAACCAAAUUACACUUAACAAACAGAAUCCUCAGAAUCUCCGAUGCAUCUUGCUAUAGUUCUUUGCCGUUAAAUAACUUUUAGUCUGUCUAUAUUCUGUAUCAUCUGCUUUUUGAGAAUCUGUCGAGAAACCUUAGUCUAGACUCAGCUUUUUAAAAUAGUGAGUGAAGUAGGCUAUUGUUAGCCUGAAAGACCUUGUGAAAUUUAGUGCAUUCGCUACCUGCAUUGUGGGGUUUCUGUCUGGUUCAUAAGAAGGGUGUUUUCUGGCAAGUAUUGGAUCUUGACUUUAGGGUCCCUGGAUUGAUGCCUAGUUUCCUCAAGCUUUGGCAGAUUUUGUGAUUUAUAAGGAUGAGUAAUAGAAACACCCAAGAUGUUGAAAAUAUUAAUUAGA